GCAAAGGCGCCCGGCAGCGCGGGGGUGGCCGCCCGGGUCUAUAAAGGCCCCGCGGCCCCGCGGCCCCGCAGCAGCGCCCGGCAGCGCCAUGGCCACCCCCGAGGCCGUGCAGGCGGCCACGGCGCUCAUCGAGCAGCGCCUGGCGCAGGAGGCGGAGAAGGAGAAACUCCAGGGAGCGCCCCCCCAGAAGAUGGCAAUGGACAUGCUGGUGCUGGAGGAUGAGAAGCGCCUCGGGGCUCAGAACCGGGCCUUACAGCAAGUGAAGGGCCAAGAACGCGUGCGCAAGACGUCCCUGGAUCUGCGGCGGGAGAUCAUCGACGUGGGGGGCAUCCAGAACCUCAUCGAGCUGCGCAAGAAGCGGAAGCAGAAGAAGCGGGAGGCCCUGAACGCCCCGGAGCCGGCCCCAGAGCCCGAGGAACUGACGGGCCCCGUGGAUGAUGAGACGUUCCUAAAGGCGGCGGUGGAGGGGAACAUGAAGGUCAUUGAAAAGUUCCUGGCUGACGGGGGGUCCGCGGACACCUGUGACCAGUUCCGCAGGACAGCCCUACAUCGAGCUUCCCUGGAGGGCCACGUGGACAUCCUAGAGAAGCUUCUGGAGAGUGGGGCCACUGUGGACUUCCAGGAUCGGCUGGACUGCACAGCCAUGCACUGGGCCUGCCGUGGGGGGCACCUGGAUGUGGUGAAACUCUUGCAAAGCCGAGGGGCAGACACCAACCUGCGGGAUAAGCUUCUGAGCACCCCGCUGCACGUGGCAGUUCGGACAGGGCACGUAGAGAUCGUGGAGCACUUCCUGUCCCUGGGCCUGGACAUCAACGCCAAGGACAGGGAAGGGGACAGCGCCCUGCACGACGCCGUGAGGCUCAACCGCUACAAGAUCAUUAAACUGCUACUCCUGCAUGGGGCUGACAUGGCCACCAAGAACCUGGCAGGAAAGACCCCCACGGACCUGGUGCAGCUGUGGCAAGCUGAUGCCCUCCAAGCUCUGGAGCACCCUGAGCUCGAUUCAGAGCAGAACGGGCUGGAGAGGCCUGCGGAGAGUGGGCGGGAGACCCCCCAGCCUGCGCCAGCCCAGUAAAUGCCCGG